GUAUAAAUCAUCCAGUAAUCCCCGCUGUGCGAUUACCAUCUAAUCUAUUCUAUAUUUUCAUACGUAAGUACCAUCGACAAUAUUUUAUGCCCGUAUUUGUGUCGCAGGUAAUAUCCUAUUAUUUAACACCUUCAAUGCUCAUCCAUUUCAUCCUCGAUGUUAUACAAUGUAUACGUUCAAUUAUUGUGCAAACAACCGAAGACUAUUCGAGUAUAACAUAACAUUAUUCAGGUUUCAAGCGAACCACCACCUGUCAUCGCGGCGAAGAAACCCAGGAAUAAAUUAUAACGUUUGAUAGUAUUUCUUGUACUUGUGAUCAAAUAAUCGCCCGGAUGCCGAAAGGGGUUGGAAGUUCUCUCGGCGUGUCCGCAAAUAAACAAAAGGAGAACAGACACGCUGUCGAUGCAUAAAUAUUGAUCUGGACGACAACAACGGAGGUGUCGUAUCAAAAAUGAAUUCAAUUUAAAUAUUGUCAUUUCAUGGGGAAGAGAUGACAAAAUGAACUCAAUUUAAAUAUUGUCAUUUCAUGGGGAAGAGAUGACAAUUUAAAUUGGUAAGAGCUUGACCAUGCAAUUUUCUCAACUUAUAAGGCCUACACAAAAUUUCGAGAGAGAGGAGUUCAGGCCUACUUUGUUUACCCGAGGUACUGAGAAUAACAAAGGGUCAUUACCGCGGCGUAGCCCCUUCAAGUUAUUCAAAAAUUAAUUUUCACGGGUUGUUUACCGCUCGAAGCUGCUCCAGUAUUUAGAUCGCUAUCUGGAUCAGCUGCAGCUAUCGACGCCGCGUUGAGUUUAUUAAAUGUGCUUAAUGGAAGAGCACUGUAUCAAAACUCUUCGUUAAACAACGCUAUCUCUAAUACAUGUAAGCAUGUAUGUCAUACAGGUAAAAAUUGCCCCGGGAACUCGUUAUCUUUUUAUUCAAAUAAUCACAUCGAAGGUAUGUAAACUUUGAAAAGGUUGUGCACCUGAUCCCCACCCUCCAAUUCGAACCCCAAUUUUUUCGCCCUGUUUUUUUGGAAAUCGCAAAACAACCAAAUCACGGUUAUCGUUAUCGCGAUGACGAUCCAAAGUUUAAAGUAGGGGGUGCGAUGGAUAGGAAAGAAACGAGUAAACAAGGGUGGGAGACGCGGUCCGCCCCCUUCUACAAGUUCUGGUAUAUCGUACACCACCGACGAUGAACACCAGCUCUUGAUACUUAAGCGACAUUUUCUACGAGUUCCUGAUCAGUUCUAAGCACGCAAUCGACGGGGUAACUCGCAAGGAAUAUCAUAACGAAUAAUCGGGGAAUUAAACCGUGCGGAACAAAUGAGCCCUUGAUAACGAUGAAUGAGUUGGAAUCGUUGGAAUGAUAAUAGACAACGAAUGAAUGAAGGGGCGUAGUGGUACCGUAGGAGACGUUACGCGGACCUACAGGACGGGGUUGAUCCCAAAUCCUUCGGGAAUGCCGAUCGCUGCUUGGAAAUCAUCGAAGCCUUCAACCGGUCAAGUCGCGUCGAUCAGCGCUGAUAUUUUUUUCGGGCGAAAUGACGUCUCAAAAUCUAACUCGGUCGCCAUCGACGUUUCCGCCGUAACAACCAUCAAUAAGUUUGAAGAUGACAGAAAUCACUUUCACGAUGCUAUUCGUCCGAUUCUUUUGGUUGCACAAUGCUUCGCCGUCCUUCCCGUUUCCGGUAUCCGGUAUUCUGAUCCAUCUCAUUUAACAUUCACCUGGAAAAGUCCAAAGAUAAUUUAUUACGUAAUUUCAUUCUGCGGAGCUGGUGUCCUUAUGAUUUGCAGCCUCGCUAGAGUCUGGGUAACCGGAAUUACGGCAACAAAAACAACGAACGUCGUCUUCUUCGGAUCAGCCUGCAUAACGAUGCUACUUUUUUUGAGACUCGCAACUAGAUGGCCAAAAUUCAUACGCGAUUGGGAAAAAGUCGAAGGAGAAAUGACCUCUCCACCUCCAGCUACUUCGAGGAUGCGUCUCAAAAAUCGUCUAGCUCUUAUGACCGGUAUUACCAUGUCAUUAGCAGUAGUCGAGCAUCUGCUGUCGGUUUAUUCUGGAUACGCGAGCGCCUUGGAGUGCGCAUUUCUUCGGGGGGACACCGACAUCGUUUCUACAUAUUUCCAAUCCCAAUUCCCUCAGGUCUUUCACCUGACAGGGUACAGUUUGUGGAAGGGUAUGUUGGUCCAGUGUGUCAACAUUCUGAGUACUUUUUCCUGGAAUUUUAUGGACCUAUUUCUCAUGCUUCUCAGCUUCGCCCUCACCGAAAGAUUUCGCCAGAUGAACGAGCGUCUUUAUUCCGUCAGAGGAAAGUAUUGUUUCGUUGUUAAGGAAAUGCCGGAUUGGUGGUGGUUAGAAGCGAGGGAGGAUUAUAACAGACUGGCGAAUCUGACGAGACGCGUUGAUCAGUGCGUAUCUGACAUCGUUCUGCUUUCCUUCGCGAACAAUCUCUACUUCAUCUGUAUCCAGCUGCUCAACUCCCUCAAGUACAUUACAUUAAUAGCGAUACCGAGGCGAGGCAUCCCUCAAACGAUCUAUACGAGUUUUUCCUUCGCCUUCCUAAUCGCCAGAACUGUGGCAGUUUCUCUUUACGCUGCAGCAGUUAAUGACCAAUCUCUCCGACCCUCACCAAUACUUUACAGCGUUUCUGCGACCAGUUAUUCCACCGAGGUUCAGCGGUUUCUAACACAGGCGACUACCGACAGGAUCGGUCUGACUGGAUUAAAUUUUUUCGCAGUUACCCGAAGUCUUAUUCUGACGGUGGCUGGUACUAUCGUCACUUAUGAAUUGGUCCUGGUUCAAUUCAACGGAAUGCAAAAUGUCGACGCUGCGGUCUUCAACAUCACCAACGCUUGCGAAGAUUUCAUCAGCGUUCCCUAAAACAAGUAUUCGUCAAGAUAUGAACGUAGUUUAGUCGUGUCUAGUGCUGAUUGUCAUCGUAGGUACGUUGAUUUUAUUCAGUGUAUUUCAUUUUCUACUUUAUUUUAUAUAUUUUUCAGCUGAUAGUCUGCGUAUCAUGGGCGAAACUUUAUAACUACAGUAAAAAAUUAACUUUGAAAAAAGAAUGAUUCUCAUCUUCAGUUUUAUCGCACGCCCAUGAGCCACAGAAUAAUGCAGAUAAUCUAGCGAUCGGAUUUUUAUUUUUCAGAAAAAUAAACUUUUACGGUAUUUUGUUACAGCAUUUUAUUCUAGACAUGAAUUAGCCUGGGACCCUGGACUUAUCGCCGCGAGGUGGAUCAACUCUUCGGUCGAGCAUCUUAAAUUUUUACAAUAAACAUAGAUAUGUUCAAUUUAUCUAUGCUAUGAAUAUGAUUAUUUCGCAACCUGA